AAUUCGAUAUUAAUGAAAGUUAUGAUCUUUUUAGAGCUUUUCCAAUUAUGUCUCUUACUGAACAUCCUAGUAAACUGAAUCAUGUUGCUGUUUGUGCAUCAUGUAAAACUACUGCAAAGCAUCAUUCUGCUUCAACAUUAGCUCCAAUUCCAGAAGAAUUAAAUUAUCAUUACAAUAGGUUAAUGGCAGAUUUUAUUGUAAAUUCAAGUAAUACAACACUUCCUAUUAAAUUUAGUGAUCCAAAUUUAGAAGCUAUUCUCUUUACUGAUCUUUUCCCAAAUGGUUAUG